AUGAUCAAACGGAAAUUUUUUCCCCUAAGUAAGCCUAGUAAGGCUUCACCGAAUGAUGAUCAACGAAAAUCGGGUUUAUCGGAUACGUCCCAUACAGAAGGAAAGGAUAUGGGUGAAACAUUUAAAAGAGAUCUCUCACCAGGAAAGAAUAGCAAAAAGAAGAAUGGGCAACAGGGGUUUACCUCCUUGAUGAACCUUAAUAAUCAGAUGGUAGAGGAGGAGGUCCACCAUCCAAAGGAAACUCCGAAAUCAAAACCAAAUCACAGCUCAACACCUAAAAAAAAUGAAAGCUUGUCAGAUUUGCAGCAGCUUUACAAGGAAUCUCCCGUCAUACUAUUCGACAGCAGAAGGAACAGCAACAACAAUGAAACUCCACCUCAUGAUGAUGUCUCAUCAAAAAAUGUAACAGAUUCGACAACUACAACAAGAUCACCACCCGUAACAAUUCCGAAACUUGAUUUAACCAAUUCACUCGGUAUCAACAAUCAAUAUUUACAAAUGACUUCUCCAAGAGCGUCAUCAUCUCCUAGAAAUUCACCAAGAUCGUCUCUCGCUGUACAAUCAAGAUCCAACGUCAGUCCUCUAGUUCCUCCACUAAAGAAUUUACCACAACCAACAGAGUUAUCGCUGUCGCGACCAAGAACAUCUUCUCCUAGGAGCGGUAGAAGCAGCGAUCGAAAAAACAUUAUUGAAAAAAUUAUCAGGCAAAAUACUCUUUUUGAUCAAAACAAUACGGAAUCCUACGAGUGGAACAGUUUCUGUUUUAAUAUUACAUCGCACAAGAGCAAUUUGAAAGAAUUAAGGUUAAAAAAAUGUGGGUUAAAAGACGUCGAACAUGCCUCACCCCUGUUUAAAUGUCUUAUGGCAAACCAGGUCAAGCUCAAGAUUUUAGAUUUAGAAGACAACAACAUUACCAAAGCCAGCAUGUCCCAUCUGUCAGAAUAUUUAUUGGUAGCCUCUGAAUCAUUACAAUUUUUAAGUUUGCGAAAAAAUCAAAUUACUGAUGAGGGAAUAUCUUGCUUAACCUCUUCCUUCAAAGGCCAAGAAAACAUUGUUUUGAGCUUGGAAGAGAUUGAUCUAAGCAGUAAUCACAUUUCAGAUGAAGGGCUGACAUUCUUGACUAGCUUUGCCAAAUAUCACACUCCUUAUUUAGCAACUAUCAAAUGCUUCGAUAAUUCUAUUACAAACAUUAACAUUUUACGUUCUUUGAUCAAUGAUGAAGACAAGAACUACUUGAGGAAUAUUGAUUUGUGGAAGAAUAGCAUUCAACUGGAAGGAUUAGCUCGUUUCACAACGAUUGCUACCAAGAUUACCUCUCUCAACUUGGGAUGUAAUUCGUUGAGCGAUAAGGGAGUUAUCGUAAUUUCGAAAUAUCUUUCAUUUUGCAAGUCUUUGAAAUGCCUGGAUUUGUCUGGCAAUGACAUUACAGAUUCUGGAGGUUUCCAUAUGGCAAACGCUCUCCUUGUCAACCAAGGCUUGGUAAUGUUAAAUAUGAGUAAUAACAAUAUGGGAGAAGAAGCAUGCGUUAAAUUGCUAGAGUCUAUCAAGAAUCAUGCAACACUUUGCAAUUUUAAUUUAUGUAGAAACAGGCUUUCUCCAAAUAGCCUUAUCGAUUUGACACGAUUUGUUUCUGAUAUUAACGCUGCACGAAAGAAAACAGGCUAUCCAAUUUGUAAGGCUUUCAUGUCACCUUUGCCAAGUAUUUUGACUCCAAGGAAUGAAAGCUCCCUCAUCAUGCAUUAUUCUCCACGUUUUACCCUCUCGAGUCCAAGGAUUGGAGUUACUGCACCACUUGGUAUGUCACCUUCUUUGCACCAAAACGAGCAAUCCAUGGAGUAUGUUCCAAACGGUGAAGAACGCACUCCACCACACAUUGUGAGAAAUAAUUUCCUCAACAGGGCGAGCCACGACAUGAACACGUGCAUACCACAACAAAGCAACAACAUUAUACUUGAGAAUUUACACUUGGAAGCAUCACCUCGCUCAACACUUAAUUUUGAGACCACAACCCCUAUCGCAACUCAAUCUCCAAGCAGUCUCACAGCCCACAUAAUAGAUACCACCACUAAAUCCGGCUCGACACAGCACCUUAAUGGCAAUUCCUCUAGCAUUACUUCUCCUGUUCAAUUGCAGCAGCCUGGAAAUACCACACCAAUGUCACUAACUGGAAGCAACACACCUCAAAGUUCUGCACUUUCAAAAAACGGGCAUGAACUCUCAAGGGCAAGCAAUGAAAAGAAGCGAAAAAGAUUCAAAGCACUCUUGCUGUAUGCGCCCAAAGAGGUAGCUCUUGAGAGUAAUGAAAGUCUGGAUAUUACUAUCAAAUUUUCAGGAUCCAAUCUCGUGAUUAGAAAGCAGAAAACUCUCCUUCGUCGACGAAAAACGCUUUUUACUCUUCCUCUUGCGUCGACAACUUUGGAACAAAACAUGAAUCAACCCUCCAUAUUUUUCCUGUUUUUUAAUGACAAGAAGUUUUCAAUCAAGUUUGCAACUCGAGAAGAGGAAUUUAGAGACAUGUUUAACACGCUAUCAAAAAGUUUGCAAGGUGUUGGUGCGAGCAGUCACGACAAUGAUUACUCGGAAUCAGAGUCGAGUAUAUCGACUAGACAACCCUCUAUUGACGUGGUUAAUUGGUCGUAUCGAUCCUCACCAAGCACUCCAACGUUUACUAGCUCUGAAAGCGAACAACAGUCCCCCAAAAAGAAGAACCUUUCUCUAAAGACCAUUUUCUCUAAAAAGAAAACACCACACAAAAAACUUCCCUCGUUCGAAGAAUUUUCACAAACUCCCUAA